AUGCCCCAGAUCCACCGCAAGCGGGCGAGCAUGGCGGCGGUAGGCGGCGACGCGGCGAGCAUGGUGGCGGUGGGCCUGGUGUGGGGCGCCACGAACGCGCUGAUGCGCCGGGGCGCGCUCGUCUGGGACCGCCGCUCCCGCUCCCUUCCUGCCGGCACCGGCGCCGUCCGGCGGUGGGCCGACCUCCUGCUCACGUGGCAGUACUCGGCGCCGUUCCUCGCCAACCUCUCGGCCUCCGCCGCCUUCUUCCGCCUCCUCGGCGACUCGCCCAUCUCCGUCGCCGUGCCAGUCACCAACGCCACCACCUUCGCCGCCACCGCCGUCGCCGCCGCGCUCCUCAGGGAGGCCACCCGCGCCGCGCCCGCCGCGCUCGGCACCGCGCUCAUCGUCCUCGGCGUCUGGGUCUGCAUUGUCUAA